AAGACAGCGCUGUAAUCGUUCUUAUUUUGCGAAGUGAACAACACUCUCUACAUGAUUCAUAGUUUUGAGGAAUAACUGCAUGAAUUGUAGGCCCUUUUUCCACUCUCGUUCGACAGCAAGGAGAGGCAAAUCGGUAUCUCGGGAAACAAGAUGUGGUCGUCAAUGUUAGAAACUGCAAAAAAGAAUCCCUUUGGCACGCCUUUCGUGACGGCUGAGUGUCAGCAGCAACGUGACGAUAAUCAGGCAUUAGUGAAAAAUCACACUAUUGCUGCUGCUUCGACUGCAUCUGGUGACAGUUGUGAAUUUGGAUCGAACCAUUACUUUUUGCUAUGUGGUUUCGGUGGUAUUUUGUCUUGUGGUCUUACCCACACCAUGGUUACUCCAUUGGAUUUAGUAAAAUGCCGUAUUCAAGUGGACCCUGCUAAGUACAAAUCAGUCUUUAAUGGAUUCCGAGUUACACUUGCUGAGGAUGGAUCCCGAGGUCUUGUUAGAGGAUGGGCCCCUACAUUCUUUGGUUAUUCAAUUCAGGGUAUGUUUAAAUUCGGUCUGUACGAGGUCUUCAAGGUGUACUAUUCAGCUCUUGCUGGCGAAGAGUUGUCAUACGAAUACAGAACCACCCUUUAUCUUGUUUCUUCUGCUUCUGCCGAAUUCUUUGCUGAUAUUGGUUUGGCACCAUUGGAAGCUGCAAAGGUCAGAAUUCAGACGAUGCCUGGUUAUGCAAAUACAUUGCGCGAAGCAUUCCCCAAAAUGUACGCCGAUGAAGGUCUUGGUGGAUUCUAUAAGGGCUUAGUUCCUUUGUGGCUUCGCCAAAUCCCAUACACAAUGAUGAAAUUUGCCUGUUUCGAACGUACCGUAGAAUUGUUGUAUAAAUAUGUCGUGCCCAAGCCUCGUCAAGAUUGUACAAAAGGUGAACAACUUAUUGUUACCUUCGCUGCUGGUUACAUCGCUGGUGUAUUCUGUGCUGUUGUGUCUCAUCCUGCCGAUUCAGUUGUGUCGAAGCUGAAUCAAGAAAAGGGAGCGACUGCGGGUGAUGUAUUGAGGAAACUUGGCUUUGCCGGUGUCUGGAAGGGUCUUGCUCCAAGGAUUGUUAUGAUAGGUACACUUACUGCUGCUCAGUGGUUCAUCUACGACGCUGUCAAAGUUUGGCUGCGCAUGCCCCGACCACCUCCACCAGAGAUGCCAGAAUCCCUUAAGAAAAAGCUUGGCCUUGCCUAAGCAUCGAUGAUCGUUAACAACCCACACGAUCAUUUUCAGAUCAAUACUCCUAGAAAAAAAACUUAGACUAAUUCGAUUAUCUUCCCUUAUAUCAUUGUUAAACCUCAUUCUUGACUACGAUGUUUAUUUAUUUUGCAUAAAGUUAAUGCAUCUGCAAUGGCUCCAUUCUCGGUUAUGUGAUUGGGGGAUAAUCAUGAGUCGUAAGUAAAUAUGAUACUGAUGAGGUGAUGUUAGCUCUUCUUCAGUGGUCGUAAAAAAGUAGCUUAAGUUGCUCCAAGUGAUGACAAUGAUGUCAUGAUGUAUUUCCUCGUCAUGGUUAAAAUGUUAUCGCUCUGUAAAUAGAGUGGUCAUCGAAAAUAAAUCAGAUUGCUCGAUA